UCCUGCUCACAAUGACAAAUGGCACGUGCUAAAAUUAUCUAUUGCAUUCGUGUGGGAAGCAUACAAAGCACCCAUAAGGAUAUAAAAUUUAAGGUAAAAACAUUAAAAAAUGCAGUCCUGCUGGUGAAAAAGAUGAGAAAUAAUAACGAUAGAAGCUAAAAUGCGGCUAUCCUUUUUGCGCCGUUUCCUCGAACAGAGCGAAGAGAUUUCCAUUGGUGUUAGUGAUUUUGUGCAUAGAUAUGUACCGUCGUUAUGUCACACACCAACACGCAUUCAGACUGUCGUAACAGUGCACGGAAAACAGAGCUAGUUUUCGUCGGUCCAGUGUCAGUGUUCAUCCUGUAUGCUGCUCGUCAAAACAAUGCUAGCUGUUUGCUACUAAAUAUGGCCGUCUAGGGUUGGUUCCACCCCGACUCGUGUGAAAUGUGCUUGUGCUCAAAGGAUGUGUCCUGCCCGUGCGGCGACAUGAAAGUGUUGUGAAAUAAAAUCAUACUAAUAUUGUGGAAAUUGAUGCUUAUUUCGGAGAGGGGUUGUUAAAGUGAAGGGAACUAAACGUGAAGAUUUGCACAGAAGCGGAGCUGUCUUUCAGUUAUUAUUGGUUGACAAACAUAAAUCCUCCCACCGUUCCACACAUGUACCGCUGUGUAUUGUGUGUGUAACUAAAGGGGAAAAAGUGAAAUAAUUCGACAAACGACAGAAUAAGCUUCUAAUGUUGUUGAUGGUAACACCGGAGGCUACGUUUGCUAAUAUUUGGCCUAACACGACGACCCCACGAUCUACGGGUUAAAUGUCAACCACAAUGCCGCAAAGCAGAUGGAAGUGGACUGCCGUGUUGAAAGGAUAAAACCGAACGGCCCAUCACUCGUGUACCAUCCCGGCCAUCAGGACACCGCUAACGAGACAUUGUCCUCACGAAUGUAUCGCUGUGCGUUCGUGUGUGUGGGUGCAUGCAACCAUCAGUUCACUAUCAGAGGACUCCUUCCACACGGCGUCAUUGAUUGAGUCUUCGGUAUCCUUGACUCUCCACACGUCACGACACGUUGCGACCCAAGUUUGCUGCCGGUGGUUUCGUUCGCUAAGACACCGUCAGACAUCGGACACAGAGAAGGAAGGUAUAAUCCACGCCACGCCGAUUGAAGUGAUAGGAAGCAGCAGCAGUAGCGGCGAUGUCCUCCCGUACGAAGCGCAUGAAGAAAACGUCAUGGGGAGCGCGGGAGCGAGCGGGCAUGAGCUUCCUGAUUGUCGUAGCGUUCUUCGCCGUCUUCGGGCUGAUCAUCCUGACGGAGGUGCUCAUGAUAGAUGACCGGGGCCGGUCGGGUAGCAUCAUCGUGCGGCACGGCAGCAAUGGAGGCCGGUUCGGUGAAUCUGUCCCGGACUAUGACGACGUGAAGGAUGACUAUCUAGACGACACAGGAAUCUUCGUGCGGGAGACCAAGUACGGCGGUGCAGCUGUGAAGAACAUUCUUAAGAAUCAAAAAGAUCUGAAAAACUCUAUUGGCAUAUCCGUGCUAACAGAUUCGGCCGAGCCGCGGAACCCUCCCGUUGUGCCUUGGGGUCAGAUGUUGCCAUCGAAGAUCGAGCAAACGCUGCCCCGCUUUCCGGCCGACAUGAAGCCAACGGACGGCUCGUGGGAGAUAGUUAACGGUACAAGGUACAAGUUUUUUGUGUUUUCCGCCUUUUAUGAUCGACGUGACGGCAAGCUGGUGCGUGUUAUUGGGGCAACCAAAACACGUGGUCCGGAAAAAGUAUGGUGCCGGUUUUGGUACCAAACUGGGGUAAACAGUACGAAAUAUCGAUCGGCUUCGGUGAUGGCACGCGUGAAGAUCAUUCGAGAGAACUGGAAUCUUAAAUAUAGCGCUUGCUUUAUCCUGUGUCCCAUAAGGGGACCGUACCCAGAAAUUCCUCACGCUGUGAGUGUGGUUAGUAAGAUAAGAGCGGCCCCGGGCAACGUACUUUUGCUGCGGAAUACAGACAACGAUCCUGAUUUUACAAAUCGCACAUUUAGCAACAUCCCAAACAGCAUCGGGGUAUGUGUAAAACCCUUACAUUUCAACUAUGAUCAGGCCCUGUACUUGUUGGAGUUUCUGGAGCUCAAUAACUUGCUGGGCGUAAGUCACUUUACUUUCUACAACCACACGAUUGGGCCAAAAGCGUCCUGCGUGCUACAACAUUACGUAAAUGGCGAUCUGCCACAGCACAUCGUACCGUACGAGGAUGCUAGCCCGGCAAAGGCACGCAACAGCUCAAUGGUCGAUACGACCGAUGCUUCUUAUCACAUGCCUACCAAAUACAAUGAAGACAAUACUGCACAACUAAAGCCAAAAAUUACUGUAAAUAUUUUGCCAUGGAAUUUACGAAUGCGUUCCCAAAAAGAGAUUCGUACCGAGGGGCUAUUUGCAUCACUCAAUGACUGCUUGUAUAGAAGUAUGUACAGAUAUUCACAUGUUGCUUUGAUUGACUUGGACGAGUUUAUCAUACCGCACCACAAUGACACUUUGAUCGAUCUCAUCACAUGGUUGUCGAAGCGCAUCAAUAAUCGCAACACGGGAGCGUAUUCUUUUCAGAACGCAUUUUUCUAUCUACAAUUUGCUGACGAUGAGCACAUGUACACGGCAUCAGACAGACAGGCACACUUGCGGGCAGCGCUGACAACGCAACGGAAGACUCGCCGAAGAUCGAAACUGCAUCCACAGAAACAGCGGUCGAAAUACAUCUGCAAACCGGAAGCUGUCAUCGAGGCAGGGAAUCAUUUCGUGUGGGAGUUUUGUCCGGGUCGAGGGUCCUUGAACGUUCCGGCGGAUGCAGCUAUUUUGCAUCAUUACCGGGUAUGUGAAUUCGGUGGAGAUGAUUGCAUUAAAACACCAUCGGUCGUCGAUCGUACCGCUCAUCGCUAUUCUAACCGCUUGCUGGAUCGAGUGGGAACGGUGUACAACUACCUAAAGGAUGUCUGUAGUUUACCUGAUGUUCCUAGGGCACCUACAAAGCCGCCUCCAACGCGCAAAAAAGAACUUAAAAUAAGAAUUCCACUCAAACCGGAAAACGAUAAGAAGCCGGCGGAAACAACCAAACCCCAUCCAAACGGGAUUAGUAACAGCGCAAUAACACAGCAAUCGGCGACCGUUCCAAUGGAAGUCAUUCUCAAGACUCGUUAAGGAUGAACAUCAUAACUAAGGGAGUCGAAACAUGGGCAAAUACUCAUUUAAUGAUUUUUAUAGUUUGCAAUAACUUUAUUAGUUUCCUUAAUCUAUACAGCCUAGAAUGAAAAGUGACAACAGAGCUGACAAGGAUUGCGUAGCGAAAUUCCGAACGUUAUUGUAUUUUGGGAUAGUUUGCAUAAAAUAUGGUGAGAGAAACACCAAUGUGACUCCAAUGUGCUAGAGUACACGAUUUAAACACAGAAAAGCGAAACCAAUAGGUAUGAUGUAUGAAAUUAUUGCUUCCUUCUAGUUUUCUAUUAUUAAUGUUAGUAUGUUUUAGAACGAUCUCUCAAAAUAUGUUUUUUUUUUAAUUAGCAAACAAGAAUCUUUACACUAUUGGCGAUUGCUUCAAUGAGUACAUUUAAAAAUUGGCCCUAAAAGUUCCUUACACGUUUGGUUUACCGUUUGUCAUCUGCUGACCGUAUAUUCCAGUUAGCUGUCAUACGUUGUACACCUUGUUACAGUAGCAUAACCAGUUCCUUAUAGUUUCAAAACGUUCGAGCUGAUUGACUCGAAGUAGCAAACUAACAAAUACGCAGCAUAGGAGCAAACGAAUUUUCUAACUCUUCCAUUUGUCACCAUUCGCCGAUCGAGAAUAUCUUCGAUUGGAGAUAAUUUUGCACACACGCUAUUAGUGCAACAGACUCUAGAAAUAAUAACGACGCUGCCCUACAAAGCGGGAAGCAAGUUAUCAGAGCUACUAGAAGCAACUGUAAUG